CGCGCGCCAUCACGUGGGGUUUUACGCUCUGUAUAUUUAUAAUAACAUUCAAGAACUUUAAAAAUGUAUCAGAAGCCUAAGAUGUUCGAAUACUGUACUGAGUAUGCAUUAUUCAAAUAUUAAUAUACCAGAGACUUCCAUCUUCGUCAUCAGUCUUGAAUCAGGUAUUCUUGGAAGAUUAAGGAACGAGUUAAACACUUGGAGGAAACAACCUUCAAACUUUCAAAUGUCCGGAAGGGAAGACUGUUCAACAGGUGCUGACUCUUGUGAAUCUGAACUACAUGAAAAACAGACUUGGAUUUUUGUAGAAACCUGUCUGACCUAAUGUCAUUCAACUACUACAGUGAAAUAUUUUAGUUUCUGGCCUUUCAGAAGACGACCACUGAAACAAGGACUAACGAGGAUCUUUUGUAGUGUGGACUACGCUGCGUUGCGCCACCUAAUGAUUAAUACAGCUCUAAAUACAGCAAGUUAAUACGAAGUCUCUCGUGAAAGAAGAAUCAGAUUUCUAGGGCAUGGUGAAGUCACAAAAUAAAGAAAUGACGUCAAGGAAAGACGAUAUCACUUCGCUUUCACAAGAGAGGUGUUUCUGGUCUGACGAAACUACUGACAUUGGUAACUACCCUUCUUUGCAUGAGCUUGAGGAAAACAAAAAGUCACGCAGUGCCACCAAGCGCCCCUCUGGUUCAGCAGAAGAUGCAUCACCCAACAGCGAAUCUACUGACUCGAGCUCUGUGAACGAAGAAAUCACCGUGUCGACCAAACCCAAACAACAAAGAAGAUCAUCAACAAACGGACAUAGACGGAGACCAACAUUAAAUGCAAGGGAACGAAAUCUUCGUCGACUGGAAAGUAAUGAAAGAGAGCGCAUGCGCAUGCAUAGCUUAAACGAUGCCUUCCAAGCCCUCCGAGAAGUGAUUCCCCACGUUGCGAUGGAAAAGAAAUUGUCCAAGAUAGAAACUUUGACGUUAGCCAAAAACUACAUAAUGGCGCUCACAAAUGUUGUGUGCGAAAUGCGAGGAGAAAACAAACCCUACAAGCUCUUGCCAGUCAGCCUAGAUAGCAACAACAACAAUAAAGAUGACGACGAUCCGGCAAAUAUACUUUCUGAAAGCGUACUAAUCCUUAAAGAAAUGAGCAACCACCAGGGGAAAUUGGAAGGAGUAAACGUCACUGACUUUAACAUUGACGUUCACUCUCGCGAUCACAACGCACUUUAGUUGAAAUAGUUAUAGCGUAUGAAUUUCAAACAUAAAGAGUUAAAAUCUUUUAAGAAAUGUAUAAACAAAUCAUAAAAUCGAAUUCUAUGUCAUGCUCAUAUUUAGUUUGUUAUUUGAUAGUUUGUUAUAAGAAGUUUAUUAAAGUGUUUUUUUUUAUUAUUUAACAUUUGCAUGUGCUCAUGGAGAAGUGUAACGAAAUACAGAAAACCGAUUACAAUACAACUUCAAAAGCUAGUAUUAAGAGCGAUAAGGAGUUGAAAAGAAAAUACUUACAAAAGAUAUGAAAAUGUUUUCGAUAAAGAAAAGAGCUUUAAAUACGAAAGAUUUGGAAAUAAAUCAAAAUCUAUGAUAAAAGAAGAUACGUUAUGAAACUAACUGUAUUCUGGCUGCUAGACUUUACAUAUCAUUAUCAUCUUGGCUGUGUUCAACGAUAAAAAACGUCUCAUUAUCGUGACAUUCAUAUUCUUAUAAUAAAAACUAGGUUUAAAAAUUUCGAAAUUUAAAGAUGUAGUGAAAGCAGUAGAUAAUAACCGUGAUAAUGUUGGAAUAUCAA